ACUGCCCCCCAACCCAAGGUGUGGUGCGACCCGUGCCGAGGGGUGCGUGGCACAGGGGAGCUGUGCCUCGAACGGGGCCUCUGGGAUACCGGGCGCCCUCCCAGAGUAUCCAGCCUAGCCCGGGCAUGCGGGGCUCUGCUCGGGUGGUCCACACUUUCCUCAGCGUCUCGUGGGAUCAUAGAGAAAAAAUCUGAAAUUAGCUCCGAGCGAGCAGAUGCCGAGAAUUCUGGGGGACCUCACUGUGAGGUGACCCGGGAGUCAGAACAGACAGAACGCGAACUUGGUGCGAGGGGACCUCUAGGUGAGGUGACCCCGGGCCACGUAGAUGAUAAAGGCUCAGUUGCAGAGGGAGAUAGUUCUAAACUCGCAACAGGAGGAACUUCAGCUGCCGUACUUGGUGCUGGGGAAACUGAUACUUCCAAAAACAGCUCUGAAACAGCAGUUGGGGAAAAGGGUGACAGUGCUGCAGAGGAGGAGAGCUCGAACCUCGCAGAUAAAAUUGUCCCCCUUACAAAUAAAAGGAAACUGGAGGAAGUAGUCCACAACACUGAUAAAAUAAAUGUGGCUGGUAAAAAAUUAAAAACUAAUGGCGACAAAGAGGUUGACGCAAACGGAACGUGUUUGUCGGAUCGAGAAGUGGAAGCGAAGAAGGAAAUGUUUCGCUCGAUGAGGCUGGCUGUUGUACUGCAGGGUUUUCCAGAUAAUAAGAUGACGGAGAAACAGGCUGAGGUGGUGGAGGCUGCCCUAGUGGAGAGCAUCAACCCAUCCGACCAGGAGGAACCUAUCCAGUUUUCUGCGACACAGUACGAGAAUGGGGGCUUGGUGUUCACUUGUGUCAACAAAGAGACAAAAUCGUGGCUGCAGAAGAAGGUGAACAAACUUGUUCCGUGGCCAGGGGCCAGGCUGGCUGUCGGACAGGCAGAAACCACAUUGACGGGUACCAAGUACGUACUGUGGGUGAUGAAGGAGAUGAAGAAAAGCAGCCAGCAGAUUCUGGAUUUGCUUCAGAAGCAAAAUAAAGACAUCUCCACCACAGAGUGGAAAGUACUCAGGAGAGUGCCAGAGUCAGACAGAAAGGCAAGGUUGGCUGUUUGGGUAGACGACAAAUCUUCUGACCAUCUGAAGAAACACAAUUAUAAAUUAUUCCUCGGCUUUGGUAGAACUAAAUUUGUGCCGAUGUCGGAAUGGAUGGAGCAACAGGGUGGAGCGGCAAAGCGAAGUGACCUGCAGCUCCAGAAUCUGCCACGGCCCUCCGUGAAUUACACACCGCAUAAACCUGUGGGGCCAAAGUUCACAACUCACAAUUUUCUGCGUCCGCUGAUACCCAGUUUGGGUUUUCGGGCUGUGACUCAGACUCUGAAAUCUGGACCCUCUGAUACAAAUUCUCGUCCUCGUGUUUCCAGAUUUGAAAGUCGGGUACGGCCACAGCGUAAUGAGUUCGAAUUUGCUGGUGUCAAACCUCCUCACCUUCGUGAAGCGCAGUUUACGGCUUCAGGUAGACUCUCGCCCCAAGAGCAUACGACACUGCAGAAUCGCAAGUCUAGAUUCCCGGUUUCAGAACGGCCUCGUGAGCGUGGGUUCGCCGUGCCAGAACAGUCACCUUUGCGAGAAGCCAGUUACAUCACGUCGGACCACGCACAGCGUAGGGAGCCUAGAUUUGCCACAGAUCGAUCCCAGGAAAACAGCUACUUUGCUUCAGAACGUCGGCAGCCUUGUGAGACAGGUUAUGGAAUCGCAGAUCCUCCCCAGCUCCUUUUGAUGAGGCUUAUUGUUCCAGAUGAGCUGUUGCCUCAAGAAACAAAGUAUGCAGCUUUAGAUGAGGCACCAUCUCACGAUUCCACUUACACGAUUCCAGACAGAGGUCAAUCAGAUAACCCGCGGUUCAGAGGCUCGUAUCAACCACCGUCCCACGACUCCAGAUUUAGAAACCUGAAUGAGUCACCUUUCCGGGAAUCCAGGUUUAGAGGGUCAGAUCAGAUGCAAUCCAGAGAAGAUAGAUAUGUGGAACGAGAUCCUCUGAACUCUGGUGAACGUAGAUCAAGAAUGUCUGAUUCCCAACAGUACAGAGAAUUUGACAAUACAUUUUCUCGUGUCCCACGUGUCCAGGAAGACAGAAUUUCAGGUUCAGAUUUUCCUCCCCAGCGGUCAAGGUCAUCUUAUGCGAACUCUGGCAAUUCUUAUUACUCGAGGCACUCAGGUUCUGACAGGAUUAACUGGUAGAUAAUCCCCAUCUGUAGUAACUCUUAAUUGGUAUUUGUGCACAAUGUCUCUUGUUUGUAGCAUCUAACAUUCCAAAUUCUGGGGACAGUUGUUGAAUAAUAUUGAAAUAAUUUUAGUAUUAAGUUGCUGUGCACUGUCUCGUGCUGGACUUGCUCUUAAAUUUUCGUGAGCUCAUGAAUUUUGUUUAUGCUUCGAAAUAUUCUAUGAGAAUACUGUCGCUCAUUUUGGAAUUUUUUUUUGUUUAAAUUGUUACACUUGGGUGCCCGGUGAUGAAUACUUACGAACAGGCCUGCCCAUUAGCUCUUAAUUGCAAAAACAGGUUAAUAACAUGUUUUGAUCAUAUUCAUCAGAAAAAUUUGCUUUUGUAACUGUUUUUACUAGUUUGUGCAGUUUAAUGAAAGAAGUUAGUUUAAGCAGGUAUGUCACAUUUUGCCCACAUAGUGACGUGCGUAAACAUAGUCAUUAUCCACAGUGCCAGCAUUUAAUAUUGUCUUCAAUGUUCAGAGAAUAUUGUAAAGCAAGUAGCUUAAAUAUUCAUACUGUGUUAGUUGUAUUUUUUGUAUGUAUUUUCAUUAUUUAAACAUUUUUCUGAUUCAGAAUACUUAAUUUUCAAUUUUUAUGCAAAAUAAAAUUAUAAUUUUUUGAAUAAAUAGCAAAGGUGAAAUAAAACACA